CAGAACUUCGCGUGCAGUGAAAGUGUGCAAAUACGUUUUUGCCGGAAACGAUAAUGAAAGUCUAUUUAAUAUUGGGUCUGCUCGUAACGGUUGCAUGUGCCGAGAAGAAAAUUAAUCUAGAAGAUAUAGAGAGGGAUAAUCUGAAGGCUGAGAAUAAAGCUAAGAACGAGAAUAUCCAGACUGAUGAAACGAAAUACGCCGUCCAAUCCAAUCAGCAGCAAUAUCAAAUACCGAAUCAAUAUAGUACUUUGGAUAGUAAUUCCGAAUUAUAUAUCCAGCCCCAGAGACUGCAAGAUGUAAAAUAUAGCCUACCACCCGAAGAAUAUGUUCAACCUAAUCAAUAUGCUGUACAAGAAGUACAGUAUAAGCAGCCAAGCCAAAUUUUGCCACAGCAAAAUAUCCCAUCAAUACAAUAUUACGGGGGAUAUCAACAGCAAACAGAAAUACCGGCGAGAGAUGUUGCCUUCGAAUCUCAAAAAUUAAAUUAUCAACCAGAAAUUGUGGUAGGCAAUCAGGUUCAAAGUAUUCAACAAAAAGCAAUCACAGAAAAGUACACAAAAGCCAUUAAUAAAGAACCUGUUUACCUCGAUGUUCCGGUGACUCAGCUGCUUUCUUAUUACCCCCAAUUGAAUAUUAAUUCUUUGGCAAGCGGAAAAAGUGCCGGAUUAGUGCAACCUCCGUUACAUCAGUUAGCCAACAAUGCGGCUCAACAAAUUUCCAUACCCGUAUACGCUCCCGUAUAUAAUCAAAAACAAUUGGUUUCUCCCGCAAAAACAUCUUACUCUACAAUUGUGCCAACAACAUUUGUGCCAACAAGGAUCAAAGCAUCAAAAGUAUCUAAUACUGUCCCAUUUACGUCAAAGAAAAUUAAUUUAUCCACGCUACUGACGACGCCUGUAUACGUGCAAUCCCAACAAUCGCCUGCUAAAGGAAAGACGCUGUUGCACACGCAAGCUUAUAUCAUGCCGUCGCAACCACAAUAUGUACAGCAGUUAGUUUACACGCAGCCUGGCAUAGUUUACACCGAUCCUGCCGCUGCUUACAGCGAUAUUUAUACUCGUUUACCAGCAUAUAUUCAAGAUAAUUCUCUCCCUGGACAAGUGAGUCAAUAUCAAACCCAACAAUUACAGUACGUUACACCGACGAUUGUCUCCGAAGCGCCCAAAAAUGUUGUACAGGAGCAAAUCAGCCAAGAUCCUCCACAAAAUUAUGUUAAGGUGCCUGAAGAACCUAAGACUCACUUCGUACCACCGCAAUUGCCUCCACAAGACUUCAAAUCCGGCAUUACACAAUUGGAACCUGUUUCUACGGAAGAUGAACAAUCUUUGCCGGUGCAAGAUCAAUCCUUGUCAGUGCAAGAUCAUUCCUUGUCCACAGAGCCAAGGUCACUACUUGAUACAUAUAUUCCGAGUAAAGUCAUCGCUGCACAAGAUACCGCCAGGUACGUAGAAAGACCAAUAAAACUGGAAGGGGGUUUUCUUCCGUCAAAAGUAAAUUUUGCACUUAAGAAGCGCAAAUCCGAAUGACGAGAAUCUCUGUAAACGAUUUGACAAUUGACAAAUGUCAUACACAAGGGUCAGUACAGUAUAAAAACAUGAUUAUUAGUAAUUAUGACGACCGAGGCAUAUUUGCGGACGAAGAUAUGCUAACUGGAAAUCAGCGGCAUCAUCGCAUCUAGUCUUUCAUUGGAGAUUUCGCAACUUUUUAUAUUGUUCUCUUUUAAUGUUUGUAGGGACACGCUCAGUAAACGGCGUAUCUCGUGUUUAAUAUUU